GAAUAACGAAACCAGUGACUGUCAGUAUAAGCCAGUGCGACGACCAGAGUAUUCAACGUAUUCAGUGUGCCUUGUUGCCUUGUGCUAGUAUCAACUUGUUUUCGCGAGCAGUGUGUUUAUUUUUUUUGCGACUUGAUAAUAAAAAAAAAAUUGUGAAAAUGGCAAUGAAUUGUGGAAUGGAGUGUAUAAAAUAUCUUCUUUUUGUAUUUAACUUCAUUUUUGCAAUUUGUGGAUUGGCGUUGCUUACAGUUGGCGCAAUUUUCUACAUUAAAAUCUACGAUGUUUCUUCACGGUUAGAUGAAGGUUUUCCACCUGCAAUUCCUAUUUUCUUACUUGUUAUUGGUGCAAUAAUUUUUGUUAUUGCCUUCUUUGGAUGCUGUGGAGCUAUUCGUGACAGUCAUUGCAUGGUCGUUACUUUUGCAGUAUUUUUACUUACUAUUCUUGUGAUUCAAGUCGCCAUUGCCGUUUACGUUUACAUACAAAAAAUAGACGAAACAAAAAUUGAAACAGCAUUUAAGAAGGAAAUCUUUGAUAAGUAUUAUUCGGAUUCUAAAGCCAAGGAAAUCGUCGAUACUAUGCAAUCUACACUCAAUUGUUGUGGUAUCACAAGCUCAAAUGAUUAUUCCAAUAUGGGUCGUCCAAUUCCUGGGUCUUGUUGUGGAAUUGAUCUUAAUGAAACAUGCACUGGAACUAACAAAGUUUAUAAUGCAGGAUGCAGUAAAAAAGUUUCAGAGCUAUUAAGGUCUGGAUUGAAAACUCUGGGAGGUGUUGCUGUUGGUGUUGCUGUUGUGGAGUUACUUGGAAUUAUCUUCUCCCUGUGCCUGGCUAAUGCAAUACGUAAUGAUGAGCGCAGAGGAUAUAGAGUUUAAGAAGCAACCAUUAACUGUUAAAUUUCUAACGAGAAAUUAUUAACAGGCUAAUCCGUCUAUAUCAAUUCACUUUGUCGUGUUAAAAAUUUAUAUUUUGAAAGACAACAGAAUUGUUAUUAAAAGUAUUCGAUUUAUAAUUUGAAAAGAAAAUUUUUUAUCUCCAUCAGAAUAAUAUUUCUGUGCCUUGGGAUUUUUGUAAAAGAUGUACCUGUUUAUCGCCGAAUAGAGAUACUCCAUACAAAACGAAAUGUAAAAUCAACAGCAAUUGUUUUGCAUCUGAAGAUUAUUAAAUUGUAAUAAGAUAAGAAAGGUCUGAAACGUAAUUGUCUUUUAAAUUUUAUAUAAGAUUUUAAUUAUUAUCAAGGGAUUACGAUUACAAAUUUUACGUUUAUUGUAAUUUUGUACAAAUUGAUUAUUUGCAAAUCAAAAAAAGUUUACAAUUGUGCUGCGCACAAAAGUGUCUCGAAUUUAAUAAAUAAAUUUAUUCAAGUAAUUUAAAAAUCAAUUUUUAUUAUAUCAUUUGCAGAAAUCAAUUAUAAUACACUUAAUAAUAUAAUAAAACUCUUUUAACUAAGUCUGCAAAUUUUUUUGUUACAAAAAUGAUAGUAAUUAAGGUUAUAAAUUUAUUAUAUAUAAAUUAUAUAGUGCAGAAGCCAGAGUAAUUUCAAAUGUGUAUACGUUGAAAAGAGUACAUGCAAUGUGUCUUUAUGUGUUGCACGUACAUCGUAUAUUUUAACAUGUUUAAACUUAUAAAUGUCUUUGUACGUCUUAAUAAAAUUAUUUUUCCGAA